AAUCAUUCAAUGGAAUUGGCCUAUCAUCAUCAUCAUUAUCACCAUCACCAUCACCGUCUCUCAACACUUCUUCUCUCCCCCACACUGAAAAAAGUGCUGUUGCUGCAAAAGAAAGAUAUCCUCGUUCAGAUCGUACGAUUCUGGUGUCCAAAAAUUCUGUAAUUCCAGUAGUUUAUAGCAAAGAAGAAUCCGUGUCCGACGAAGAGAGAAUUUAAAUAAGACGUAAGCGUUAAUUGGGAGAGAAAAAAUUCUAGAUUGCAUAGAAUUUGAGUACUCCAAUGAAGAGAAAAAUACUACUAUCGGGAAAUUAAAGAAGGAUCGUAAUUGGAGAGAUAUUGAAACAUCGAUGAGAAGAAGAUAUAAUAAGAGCAAGUCGAAGGGAAUUGGAGAAAUGACGGUUAUGGAGGUUGGCAAGGUGGAAGAGGUAGCAGUGAAGAUGACAGCAUCAGCUGAACGGGAGGUUUUAGAGGUUGCCGACCACGCAAAGAAGAGGAAGAUGUGUGAUGGUGAUUUAGAGAUGUCACCGACUGUAGCUUGUGUUAGAAGUCACUCUGAAGAUAUUUUAGUUGCACAAGAGAGUUUAGUUACUCCGACGAGCGAGCUCAGUUCCCCAAAGGAGAACGCUGCUCUGAGCUCUAACUUUGAUGACGCUUUAGCAUCUUGCUGUGCAAGUAAUGGAAGCUCGAAAUCCCUAGAUCUCGAAGAGGAGACAGUGGAGAUUGCAACGUCAAAGAGUAAAGAAAGAGCGUCUCUCUGCAGUAGUAUUAAAGCUGAACUACGCCAAAUGGAGCCAACGACGAGAGCACACCAUCCCAAAUCUCGCCGUCGAUUAACGGCGGAAAAAAUGCCCUCGGAGACUGACCUUGAAGAAUUCUUUGCUGCAGCCGAGAAAGAUAUCCUUAAACGAUUUACCAAAAAGUACAACUUUGACUUUGUGAAGGAGGACCCAUUGGAAGGUCACUACGAGUGGGUCCGUUCGACUGUAAAACCAUGAAGAUGAAUGGAGACUUUAGCAAGAUUAACAACACGAUUUUACAAGCUAAGACCACGAGCUUCUCAAUCUAAUUUCCUGGUAGCGCACUGAUUCUAGUAUUUCCUAGUAGUAUUAUUUAAGUAUUCGCCCUUCUAAAAUAGUUCUUUCUUUUUCUCCUUUUUUCUUUUUAUAUAUGGUUAAGUUUGGAUAUGUACAGUUAGUUCUCUUCUUUCUUUCCACAAAUGGGAGCAAAGCGGUCUCCCUUUGUGAUAACUAAAAUUGUAGUUGCAUCUACAAGUUGUGCACGCCGAAGCUGAACUCCAAAUUUACAACUGAGAAAUGAGAAGAAAGCUCUUUUUUUUUUUAAAUCCUCACAAGAUACCUAAUGUAUUCACUCUCACAAUAUAAUUGGGUGAAUUUUGUAUUUGAGCAA